AUGCGGGUCAGGGGCCUCGACGACUCCAUCUCCCCCGAAGAAUUAAAGGAGGCUGUUGCAGCCGCCGGAGGUUGUCGGCCGACCGAGGUGAAGGUCGGCCGAGCUCGCGCUUCCUCUGGCGGACUGCUAUCAGCCUGGGUGCAGUGCCCGCUAACUGCAGCCAGGAAGUUGGCGGGCGCGCGUUCCAUCCCCGUGGGAUGGGUCCGUGCGCCCAUUGAGGUGUUAGAAAGGCGGCCUCUUCAGUGCCACCGGUGGCUCCGGCGCGGGCACGUAAUAACCACGUGCCCUUACGCUGCUUCUACGGAGGAUCGAAGAAGCCGCUGUUACCAAUGCGGUGACCGGGGUCACAAUGCGGCGGGCUGCGACGCAACACCGCGGUGCCCGCUGUGUAUGAACCUCGGUCGACCGGCAGCGCAUCGGCUCGGGAGCAAGGCGUGUGCCCCAGUGCCCCGCAAAGGCAAGAAAAAGGGGGCUGCGAAACAAGCCCCCGGGGGAGGUGGGUCGUCAGCGCCUACCCCUCCCGAAGUAGUUACGGCUGCCGAGAUUAGCGCGGAACCCGCGUCGGCAGAAAACCAGGGGGCAAGUCAGCCCCCUAGCAGCAGUGCCCUGGAGGAGGAAAUGGAGGUGGAGGUGCCACCUACGGUGUAA